GUAGAGGAAUGCGAAGAAGAAGAAAUUAUGAUAGACAGUGAAGACGAAGAGCCUGGUGAAGAUCUUGCUAUGGGCAGAGAACGAGCUGUCACACCGACGCCGUUUCAAGAUUUUGCUGCUAAUGUUAUACAUACUGAAGGCCCUCACCCACCGGACUUUUUAAGGGUGAAAACGCUUGAAUCCGAUUGCUACACCGAUGUAUCCGAUGCCGACACCGACGAAGAAGAAUAAUGUUUUAUAAGUUUAUUUGAAUAAUAAAGGAAAUUUAUAGUAUUUAUAUAACAUGAAUUAAAUAAUGUGUAAUAAAACUAUGUAAAAUCCCCAGAUGCAAGCAUUCACAAAUAUUUUUUUCGGGGAUCAUUGAUAAUAAAUGUUACUUUUGUGUUAUAGUUAAGCGAUUAAGACGAUUUCGCAAAGGAAAAUAUUAAUCUACAUUAUUUGAAAUUGAAAUAAGUAAUUUUUUACUCUUGAACGUUUUGCAAUUACUUAAUCGGUGCACCUACUUUUUUCAUUAGUAUGGAAAAAUAAUGAGAAAGAUAUAGUUAUCACUCAAUGCAUAUCUUUGGUUUUAAGGUAGCAAUAUUAUAAAACUAAUGUGCUUAUAAACUAUUAUGAAGCUAAUGAACUAUUAAAAAAAUUAGUUUAUAA